CCAUUUUCCUCUGGCCCUUUCCCCAAUCCUUCGUCUCUGGUUUUCCACCCUUUUCUGGCGGCCAGUUUCUGCUUUUUGCCGCAAGUUUCUUCACUUUCGCGGCUCUCCUCCACCUUGGCGAGUCCCGCCGCUCUGCCGUCUCCCGUCUUGCCUCUCAAGUGUACAUACACCCUGUGCGGUGUCUGCGUACGCGCCAGAGGUCGCUUUUCUCCGAACUUUCUUUUUCCGCCUGCUCUUUCUUGCGAAGUCCGGCAUCAUGGACCAGGCAGCGACUUCUGCAGCCGCCAGUCAGCGCGGGACCGCCCGAACCAAGCUCGGUCUCGCGGAAAUGCUCAAAGGCGGUGUCAUCAUGGACGUGAUGAACGUGGAGCAGGCGCGGAUUGCUGAGAAAGCUGGCGCCUGUGCAGUCAUGGCUCUCGAGAAAAUCCCCGCCGACAUUCGCCAGUCUGGUGGCGUAGCCCGGAUGUCGGAUCCGGCGAUGAUCGAAGAAAUCAUGAAGGCGGUCUCCAUUCCGGUGAUGGCCAAGUGUCGCAUCGGUCACUUCGUGGAGGCGCAGGUUCUCGCAGCGAUCGGCGUCGACUUCAUCGACGAAAGCGAAGUGCUCACCGUGGCGGACGAAGAAAACCAUAUUCUGAAGGAGAAGUUCUCAGUGCCGUUCGUCUGCGGCUGCAGGAACCUCGGCGAGGCUCUCCGGCGCGUCGCGGAGGGCGCCUCAAUGAUCCGCACCAAAGGGGAGGCGGGGACCGGCAACAUCGUGGAGGCUGUGCGUCACAUUCGCACCGUGAAUCGCGAGGUCGCGUUGCUCCGAGCUCUCGACGAAGAGGAAGUUUUCUCUUUCGCGAAACAGAUCCAGGCACCUCUCGCGCUGGUCGAGGAAACGCGGCGCCUCGGUCGUCUCCCCGUCGUCAACUUCGCUGCCGGAGGUGUAGCUACACCCGCGGAUGCAGCGCUCUGCAUGCAGUUGGGCGUCGACGGCGUCUUCGUCGGCUCUGGAAUAUUCAAGUCUCAGUGCCCGGAAAAGACGGCGCGCGCGAUUGUCGAGGCCGUCACGCACUUCGAUGACGCGGGGCGCCUCGCGCAAGUUUCGCGGAACCUCGGCGAGGCGAUGCCCGGUCUCACGAUGGACCGCAUCGAGCGAUGGGCUGGCAGAGAUACCUCCCUCUCGUCUUCCAUCGUUUGAGUCACUCCGAGAGCAAACGACAAGGAAAGGUGAAGAAAGACGAGAAGAAGGGAGAAGACAAAGAAGAGGAAGAAGACAAAGCAGAGGAAGAGGCGAAGUACAAGGAGAGAAGGUGGAGCAAACGAGGUUGUCCUGAAAAAAUUCAUUUUUCAAGUCUCAGCGCGGGAGUGACACCACAAGGACAUUUUGCGGACGGACAGCUGGAGUGCAACCUCUCUACACCAAGUACUCUUGUAUACAUAUGUCUACCGAAAUGUAUAUGUAGAGAUGGAG